AGUUAACGUCGUUUCUUUUGUCGUAUAAACUUGUUUUAAUCAUAUUAUUAUCAAUAGUAAGAUGAUGACCAGUUGGCCUGAAAUCAGUUAAAUCAGUAAACUUGUUUGGUAAGUUGACCGUUUGAGAAGGCCAGUUGGUUUUAUAUAGAAAAGUCACUUAGCUUGUGUAGUCAGUUGACCGUUUGUUAGCGACCAGUUGGCCUAAUCCGGACAAGACAGACUGUGCGUGUGGUUAGUUAACCGAUUUAUGUUGGAAUGCGUGUAUUUAUUGCGUGUGCAAAUUGUUCAACUGUAUCUUUAAAUAAAAACGGCAGUGAAUUACGACGCUUGUCGUAAUAUAUUUAGGACACUAGGUCGACUCAUCGUAGGACAAACUAGUCUCUUUCAAUAAUAUUGUUAUUCAAUCAGAUUCUUUUUAUUAUAAUGGAGAGUUCUUGUUUUCUAUUCUAACCAUUGGGCACAUUGAAUGCCUCCCUUUAAAAAUUAAAAAAGUCCAAAUCUGUGAACAACCACCAUUUAACUUCUGAGAUUUUAGAUUUGAAAAAUCAAUAAAAACUAACCCAAAACAUAUAACAUUGGUUUGUUAAAAUAAAGCGGAAUAUUUAAAAGAUUGUAUUUAUUUACAGCGGAUUGUAUUUAUUUACAGCUUAGGCAUAUGGGGGGCUCUUUCAACAACACAGCUUUCAUUUGUUUCCUCGGUUAGAUUUUACUUUUUCUCUAGCGCGCUAAUUAUUCAAAGUCUGAGAUUUUCCCAUGUAAUUUCAUAACACGGUCUCAAGUCAAGUGUUUAUCACUGGACUUACUCCAAGAACAAUGUCGACCCCUGCGCUCAAGGUCCCUAUACAGAACGGCACGGGUUCGAUCCCCACCGUAGGACUUGGAACCUGAACGGUGUUCGGCGAGCAGUGUGUUACACAGGGUAACGCAGACGAGGUUGAGGAGGCGUGCCUGGCCGCCAUAGACGCAGGUUACCGGCACAUAGACUGCGCAUGGUGCUACGAAACCCAGCCCGGAGUGGGACGAGCGCUCGAGGCUAAGAUCCGCGAAGGCGUGAUCACCAGGGGGGACAUGUUCAUUACCACCAAGCUGUGGAACACCCACCACAACCCGUCCCUGGUCGAAACAGAGCUGAAAGACUCCCUGAAGUCACUGCGGACAGACUAUGUGGAUCUCUGUCUUAUCCACUGGCCUAUCGCAUUACAGGACCAGGACAUGAGCGGUAAGACCAUCUUGCCUCUGAAUGCUGACGGCAAAGGAAUUCCGGCCGAACACGCAAUCGAAGACGUGUGGAAAGCGAUGAAAGAGUGCCUUAAGGCUGGACUGACACGGAACAUUGGUCUGUCCAACUUCAACAAGAAACAAGUUGACAGAAUCAUGAAAAUCUGCACCAUAAAACCGUCCAAUAUGCAGGUGGAGGUGUCGCCCUAUUUCUCCAACAAUCAGAUCCUGGACCACUGCCGGCAGCUGGGGAUGACGCUGACAGCAUACGCUCCGCUCGGAGCCCCGAACAGACCAUGGAGAGAAAGCGAAGAGCCGAAUGUUUUUGAGGAGCAGGUUCUAAAGGACAUUGCAACAGCUAAAGGGAAAACGAUUGCUCAGGUAAUCCUCCGGUUCCACAUUCAGCGAGGCCUUGUCGUGAUUCCUAAAAGCAUCACAGCCUCUCGGAUUAAGGAGAACAUACAGAUUUUCGAUUUCACUCUGACGAACGACGAGAUGUCAAAGAUAGCCGGAAUAAACAAGAACCUUCGCGUAUUCAAGAAUUCACUUAUGGCGAAUCACAAGGAAUAUCCAUUCAACGAGCCAUUUUGAUAUGAUCGACAUUCGGCCAACAGCAAAACAGUGGUAACAUAUUUUCCGAUAGGUGCAUGCAGUGAAGAAUGGAAGGAUGUAUGUUGUUUUGUUCGUGAAAUGAACAAACGAACUCACCUUUAAAUUGUAAACGCAAAUAUCAUAGCGUCGGAUUUUAAAGGUGUUUUAAGCUUCUAAAAUAUAAUAAAGCGUAUACUCGAUGGGA